AUGCAUCCGUCCUUCCUGACCUCCGGCAUUAUCGAUCUGCUCGAGGCCGACCAGCGCCCGUCCUUCAUCGUCGCCCUAACCCCGCACCCGCCCACCAUCGUCUACACGAAUCCCGCUCUCGAUGCAGAUGCCCGCCUCCCGGACGCCAUCACCACCCGCAAGCGCAACAAUAUCCAGCUGUGGGAAUGGCUUACAGACCUGUCCGGUGCCUGCCCCAGUGGCACCGGCCAGGCAGCUGCCAACUUCUCCUUCAUGAACAUUUACUGGACCCGUACCAUCGUUCGCCCUGACAUGGUCGUUGUGGGCGCAAAUGACCAACCGCCCUUCUCUGAACCACCGUCACAAAGUCGAGUCGACGAAGCCUCGCCUGUCGGAAGCACGGUCCCUCCCCCGGUGCGCCUGAUUCCCGUCAAGGAUGAUGCGCCCGAGUCUAUCCAGACGUCUGCUGCUACCACUGCUAAUACCACCACCAUCGCGGCUACCCUUGCAGUACCAUCUUUAACAUCCUCGAUGAGCCUGGCACCUCCCGACUACACAUCACUCAGCCGGACCAGAUCUGGACCGCCAACUCUUCCUUUGGGCUCGGCCGAGUACCCACUGGCUUCCCCAGAGAUGAUCCAAUCUCUCAAGCGUUCAACUACGGACCCGGGUUGGAUUCUACCAGAUAUUUUGCCAGACUGGCCCCCGACUUUGGAGCAGACCUUCCACCAAAUACUCGCUGACAGUCGCCCCAUUGCCAUCUACUGGGGCACCAACUAUGUGACCCUCUACAACGAGGCAUUUAGUAAACUAUGCGGUUCCAAACAUCCGUCACUACUUGGAAUGACUGUGGAAAAUGCGUGGCAGGAAGCCGGCGAACAGCUGAAGGAUGCCAUGUCGCGUAUAGCACGGAAGGAAGACCCGACGAUCGAGGAUGAAUGGAGGUUCUUCAUCGAAAGGGAACCCGAGGUGGAAGGAGGUCCUCACUGGCUCGAAGAGACAUACUUGAAAUGGUCGCUCGUCCCUAUCCUCGAAAAGGAACGGUGCGUAGGAUUUAUACAUCCGGUCGGGGACACAACUAGUGUGCGAUUAUGGGAGCGUCGCAUGCAGAUGCUCGUUGAGCUUGGUGAGGACCUGCCUGCCGCGCGCGAUGUGAAUGGUUACUGGAACAAGACACUCCAGGAACUUGCCGACGUCGAUCCUUGUUACGAUAUACCGCUUGCGAUUCUCUACAGCGUGGAGGCUUUUGAAGAGGGAAGCGCUAUGAAAAUCGGCAGCGAUGGUCCCACAAAGCAAUGCAGACUGGCCGGAGCUUUGGGAGUGCCAGAAGGCCAUCCGAUUGCUCAAACCGCGAUCAACCUCAGCACAAACGAGCAUGCUCUAGCACCAGCGCUUAGGGAGGCCGUAACAGCACACCAGCCACUUCUUCUUCAGACCAAGGACGGCACGCUUCCGCAGGAGUAUCUCCGUGGUCUGCAGACGAGGGGUUUUAAAGAUGAUCCGUGCCGGGCUGUCGUGAUCAUGCCGAUUCGGCCGACAAAGAAGGAAGACGCAAUGGGGCUACUUCUUCUGGGUCUAAACCCAAGACGCCCUUACGACAACGACUAUCGUCAAUACAUACUACUCUUGAGUCAAAAACUUACCACUUCUCUGGCCUCCGUGGUGCUUCUUGAGGAGGAAGCACGAAGAGGACGCAAUGCGGCAGAGCAGGCUGCUUAUGAUCAAGCCAUGCUCAAAGAAAAGCUGGCCAUCCAAACAAAGGAAGCGAACGAGUCAAUAAAGAUGUUUGAAGCUCUUGUUGAGUUCGUUCCGGUCGGCAUGUGUUUCGGCGAUCCCCAAGGAAACAUAACCUUUGCGAACGACGCGUGGUACAAGAUGACAGGCUUCCCAGGGAAAUGCCCCAUCAGAAACAGUGGCUUCCUUGCCUGUGUCAAGGAAGAGGACCGCCAAAACAUUGUCACUGCACACGAGAAACUGAAGACGGAGCAUUACGUUGAAUACGAAUUCAGGGUAAAGCCAAAAAACCACACGAACGUCACUCCAUCUCUAACCCGCAACUCUCCGAGCUUCGAGAAAGCAGGUCUGGAUCUCGUCCCUAUCGAUCAGUCUAAGGAACGCCAUAUUUUUGCCACGGCUAAAGCAGAGCGCGCCCCGGAUGGAAGCAUCAUACGGACCAUGACAUGCUUGACAGACGUUACGGCACACAAGCACGCUGCUGAAGAGGCGGUUCGACGAGCACAACAGGCUGAGAACCUCAAAAGGAUGGCCGAAUUCGCAACAGUUGGCAUGUACGAUAUGGACCUUGAGGGGCGCCUUCUGGGUGCCAACAAUGUUUUCUACGAAAUGUGCGGAUUGCCGAAAAUCGAUCCAACCGAGGUUACGAUUAGACCGUUAGAGACGUGCGUCUGGGCAGAGGAUGUGGGCUUGGUGAUGAAGAAACUCAAGAAGAUGGUCGCCGAGGAUAAAGUCCAGAAUGUGGAAGUCAGACUCCGCACAACAUGGACUGCCGAUGACGGUGCGGGCCACAAGAUGGUUAUGCCGCGAUGGGUACAAGCGACGCUGAUGCCUGUACGAUCGGCCGAGGGUGUCAUACAAACCUUCACUGGUUGUCUGAGUGACGUUUCGUUACAAAAGUGGCAGUUGGAUAGGGAGAAACAACGGAAAGAGGAGGCGAUCGAGUCCAAGCGCCAGCAGGAGAACUUUAUCGACAUGACUUCCCAUGAGAUGCGCAACCCCCUGAGCGCUAUAAUACAUUGCGCAGACGCCAUCACAGCCACGCUCUCGCGCGUUCAGGAGCUUGUCGGUGGCGACCAUCAUGGGAGCGACAGCGAUGCGCGGAGCUAUGUGAGCGAAGGUACUGCAGACAACCAGCCAAAUCACGAGCUUCGUGCAGAGGUUUGUGAGCUGUUGGACAACGGCAUCGACAGUGCAGAGACUAUUGUUGGGUGUGCUCAACAUCAGAAGCGCAUCGUUGAUGAUAUUCUCACAAUGUCGAAGCUCGACUCCAAGCUGUUGGCUAUUACGCCCAUCACCGUGAACCCGGUUCAGAUGGUCAAGGAAGCGCUCAAGAUGUUCGAAGUCGAGGCUCGGAGAGUCGAUAUCAACCUAAGCAUGGUUGUUGACCAGUCAUAUUACGAUCUUGGCGUCAAAUACCUGGACUUCGAUCCGUCACGCCUGAAACAGGUUCUCAUCAAUCUACUGACCAAUGCUUUAAAGUUCACCAAGACUGGUCCAACCCGCAACGUCACCGUCGGGCUAAGUGCGAGCUUGACACGCCCAACCGAGGCCACCAGUUCGGUACAGUUUAUCCCGAGGUCCCAGGAGAGUUACGCCGAGGAUAGCGAUACAGCAAGCGUCCAUGACCGUGGAGAACCCAUGUUUCUCCUCUUUGAGGUCAAAGAUACAGGCCAGGGUCUGACAGAAGACGAGAAGAAGAGUCUCUUCCAGCGCUUCGUCCAGGCGUCCAGUCGUACCCAUAUCAAGUACGGAGGCUCGGGUCUUGGAUUGUUCAUCAGCCGUCGGCUCACGGAACUCCAGAAUGGCGCCAUUGGAGUGGCCAGUCAACCGGGUGUCGGUAGCACGUUUGCUUUUUACAUUGAAGCCCAUCACCCCAGUGAGAGGUCUCUCCGUGAUGCUGAGGCGACGGCGGUGGCAGCAAAGGCUGUCAUGUCAGACUUGAUGACCAAGGCUCCAAAUAUUCGCUCGAUGCGCCCCAGUAAUCCUCAUAGGGGUUCGACAUCGUCGCCGCGGCCAAGCCCAGUACCAUCCAGUCCUGUAGUUGAGCUUGGCGGAUUGGUAACACCGCCACCCCAGAUUCGUGGCAUCAUGGUUGUUGAGGACAACCUGAUCAACCAGCAGAUCACGCGACGUGGUCUCACCAGUAUGGGAUUCACUGUUGAUGUAGCAAACCAUGGCCUGGAAUGUCUUGAUAAACUGCAGCGGACUGACCGCUAUGUGAGCGACCAGGGUUCUGGCACUGCCCUGCCCAUGAACGGCAGCAUCAAUAACAAAGGCGCCCUUCCCGCUCUGAAUGGGUCCAUCAGCCCAUUGCCACCGCCAGUCAAUGGCAGUUUCCUGAAUCAAAACCAAGCACCACCAGCAACGACAACAAUAGCCACACCAGCCACCAAGUUCCCCUUGUCAGUCAUCCUCAUGGACAUCGAGAUGCCCAUUCAGGAUGGGCUCACGUGCACGCGCAACAUCCGCGAGCUGGAACGCCAGGGCAAGAUCACGGGCGGGAGGUUACCAAUCAUAGCCGUCAGCGCCAACGCCCGCAUAGAACAAAUCCUCGAGGCCAAAGAGGCCGGAUGCGAUGACGUGCUGAUUAAGCCAUAUCGGAUGCCGGAACUGCUGGAGAAGAUGCGGAUCGUCAUGGGAACGGUUGCUAAUGCUAAUGCUGCUGCUGCUGCUGCUGCUGCUGCUGCGGCUGCUGCUGCUAGUGCUGGUCCUGGUGCUGGUCAGACAGGUUUAGCUUCAAGCUCGGCUGCUUCGGGGUCAGGAUCGCCAGGUGGAUUCGGCGGGCUCGGCGAGCCUGUUGUUCAAAGACAAAUACAGACAGGAGAGAAGGAACAGAAACAGGAUACAACAACGCAAGCACAGAGAGGAAGUCAGAGCCAAAGCCAGCGGCAGCAAGGAAGCGAGGAGCAUGAAAAUCAGCACAAGCAGGCAGCUGGGCAGUCACAGGCACAAUCACAGGCGCAGGCGCAGACACAAGCACAUACGCAGACGCAGACGCCGAAUCAAGGACUUUCACCAGAUGGCAAGCCGGUAGAAACCCCAUGGACCUCCCCCUCCCCCUCCCCAAAGCAGACAACACAAACCAAGGUGGAGUUGGUGUCGAUGCAGCAGCUGAGUCCGUGACUCGGUUUUCUCAGAUCAUCCGUAGCCUUAGGUCGAUAAAGUCUCCUAUUCGGUGGGUAGGGCUCGGACGGUUGGGGAUGACAGCUUGGGAAUGGUUAGGCUCAAGCUUGGGCGUUUUGACUUGGGAGUUGGGAAGUUGGGAGUUGGAGAUGGGCGAAUGACGGAAAGCUUGAAAUGUCACUGGGUGUGUAAGAGAAGGAAGGAUGGGAAAAUCGGUCGGCAUUGUUGUUGGUGUUGUUCAAACAAUUGCGGGGCCAGAGCCAACUAGAGCCAUCCCGAGCCAGGAAAAGUAUAUUGGCAGUAUAGAGGUAGAUUUUAAGUCUGCUUUCUUGGUUUUG